CCUAUAAUUAUGGCUUAACAGGAGGAGGUGAUGUGUGUCACAUGACUUGAGCAGCGAACGUCCUUAAAAAGCUUACUACUUUGUUCGCUCGCUCGGAACAAUCGAAUCAACAAUGGAGGUGGCCCAAAUCACCAAACCCAUUGCUGGAAAUCCCAUCCGAUGCAGAGCGGCAAUUGCUCGCGCCCCAGGGGAGCCUCUGCUGAUAGAAGAGGUGAUAGUUGCGGCCCCGAAGACACGUGAAGUUCGCAUCAGAAUCAUUUGCACGUCUCUCUGUCACAGUGAUUUACUGUUUUGGAAAAUGAAGGAUCCUCCUGGGUGUUUUCCGAGGAUAUUGGGUCAUGAAGCAGUCGGGGUUGUGGAGAGCACUGGUGAGGAUGUAGAUGAGGUAAGUGAAGGAGAUUACGUGAUUCCUACCUUCCUGUCGGAUUGCGGGGAAUGUGAAGAUUGCAAGUCGAAAAAGAGCAACCUCUGCUCAAAACUCCCUUUCAAAGUCUCUCCAUGGAUGCACAGGGAAGAGACCAGCAGAUUCAGUGAUGUGAAUGGAAAUGCAUUAUACCAUUUCCUCUUUGUUUCGAGUUUUAGUGAGUACACAGUGGUGGAUGUGGCUCAUUUAGUCAAGAUUGAUGAUCCUUCUGUCCCACCAAACAGAGCAUGUCUCCUCAGCUGCGGUAUCUCCACAGGCGUUGGAGCUGCUUGGAGAACUGCUGAUGUCGAAGCAGGAUCUACUGUUGCUGUAUUCGGUUUGGGAGCAAUUGGAUUAGCUGUGGCGGAGGGAGCAAGAUUGCGUGGUGCGUCGAGAAUUAUAGGAGUGGAUUUGAAUGGGAAAAAGUUUGAAAUAGGGAAGACUUUUGGAGUGACUGAUUUUGUGAACCCCUCUGAGUGCGGGGAUAAAUCUGUUAGCCAGGUGAUAAUUGAGAUGACAGGUGGAGGGGCAGACUAUUGCUUUGAAUGCGUGGGGCUGGCCUCAUUGAUUGAGGAAGCCUACGCAAGCUGUCGAAAGGGUUGGGGGAAAACGAUUGUGUUAGGUGUUGCUGCGGGCACAAACAUCAACUUAUCAUGUUAUGAAGUUCUUCAUAGUGGGAAAACACUAAUGGGAUCUUUGUUCGGAGGACUAAAGGCCAAAGUGGACAUUCCCAUUCUCCUAAAGCAUUACAUGGACAAGGAACUUCAGCUGGAUCCGUUUGUAACGCAUGAGGUUGGGUUUGAAGACAUUAACAAAGCUUUUGAUUUACUUGUGGAGGGCAAGUGUCUACGUUGCGUUAUUUGGAUGAAAUGAAACCAUAUUAGAAUUCUAUCUCUUUUGUGUGGCUGGCUCUGUUUUAAUUUCCUUUAUUAUCUGACUGGUCCACCCACCACUUCAAGGUAGGGUAGGGUUGGCGCUCUGCAAUUGUUGUCAUCAUCUAUAAAUACUACAAUAAAAGUAAUACAAGUGUUUCAAAUUUCAA